AUUUUCCUCACAUCAAAAAAAGUCUCAAACUUUGAAACCUCUCUCUCACGAUGGCGAAUUGGUUAACGUUUGCUCUGUCACCAAUGGAGAUGAUGAAAUCACCUGAGCAUCCCCACUUCGUCUCUUACGACGACGAUUCUUCAGCUCCUUACCUCAUCGACAACUUGUAUGUUUUGAAAGAAGAAGCUGAGACAUCAAUGGCGGAUUCAACAGCUUUAGCGUCUUUCUUCAACCCGCAAACCCAUUCUCCCACUCAUAUUCCCAAGCUCGAAGACUUUCUCGGCGAUUCCUCCUCCUCCUCCUUCGUCCGUUUCCCCGAUAACCAACCCGAGACGCUAGACUCUUCUUCUCUCUACCAUCCACGUCAUCACACCGGAGUCACAGGUCUCUUCUCCGAUCAUCAACACGACGAUUUCCAGGCGGUGGAGGGAGGGGUUAAGGAGGGUUGCACCAAGGAAGGAGCUUUGUCUCUAGCGGUAAACAACACUGAUGGCGAGAGAGUCAAAAGCAGUAGAAAGGUUACGGUUUCGAAGAAGGAAGCAAAGGCGGUGGAAACAACAUCAACUGAUGAUUCGACGAAGAAGAAGAAGAAGGUUGUUGAAUCAUUUGGACAACGAACUUCGAUUUACCGAGGUGUCACACGACAUAGAUGGACGGGAAGAUACGAAGCGCAUCUUUGGGACAACAGCUGUAGGAGGGAAGGUCAAGCCCGAAAAGGACGUCAGGUGUACUUAGGUGGUUAUGACAAAGAAGAUAAAGCAGCUAGAGCCUAUGACUUAGCAGCUUUAAAAUACUGGGGUCCUGCUGCUACUACCAAUUUUCAGAUAGCAAGUUAUUCAAAAGAAUUGGAAGAAAUGAAUCACAUGACCAAGCAAGAGUUCAUUGCAUCCAUCAGGAGGAAAAGUAGCGGUUUCUCGAGAGGCGCUUCAAUGUAUAGAGGUGUCACAAGGCACCAUCAACAAGGUCGCUGGCAAGCAAGAAUCGGCCGUGUUGCAGGAAACAAAGAUCUUUACCUCGGAACCUUCGCUACUGAAGAGGAAGCAGCAGAGGCUUAUGACAUUGCAGCCAUUAAGUUCAGAGGAAUCAACGCGGUGACAAACUUUGAGAUGAACCGUUAUGAUGUUGAAGCCAUCAUGAAUAGUUCUUUCCCUGUAGGAGGAUCAGCUGUGAAACGUCAUAAGCAGCUCUCUCUUGAAUCUCCUCCUCCUCCUACUGAUGACCAUAACAUCCAACAACUUUUGCUUCCGUCUUCUUCCGUGGAGCUAGACCCUAACUCAAUCCCAUGUGGGAUUCCGUUUGACCCUUCGGUUCUCUACCAUCCCCAGAAUUUCUUUCAGCAUUAUCCUGAUCCUACAGUUCCUAUGAACCAAGCUGAUCAGUUCUUCAUGUGGUCUAACCAGUCUUACUAAAAUUAUAUGGUCUAACCCAUAAGCUGACCAGAAGGUUGACUGACACGUUAGUAGUGUUAUCCCUUUCUUUUGUUAACUCUAGGCUCUAGGAUGAAGAAGCAGACAAACUUUUGUGGUCAAUUUUGUAUUUUGCGAGUGGUGGAAGUGAUUUAGUGUUCUUUUGUUAGCGGUGGUUUAUGGGUUUUUUUAGUGAACUUUGUUUUUGUAUGUAAUCGGCGGCUUAUCAGUAUAACUCUUGUUUUCAUUUAUGAAUAUCUUCCUCA